AUGUGUAAUAAUUGUUUUUGUUUUAAAUCUUUGGAAGAUUUACAAGCAUAUCGAGAAUUUCAAAAAUAUUUAAAAAUCUUACAACAUAAUCCACAACAACAGCAGAUUCCUGAAAAAGUUACCGAUUCUGUCGCACUGUUGGAUGAGUAUUUUAAUGAAAAAAUUUCAUAUGAAAGUUUCAGUGAGAAAUUAUCGAUACAGCAAACGAAUGACAUGAACCAUGAAUCAAAUAAAGCAGCAACAUUGGUAAAUAAACAAUGUUUAACAUUAGCGAAGUUAUUUUCAUCACAACGUUAUCUGGAUUUUUAUAUGAACAAUAAUGAAUCCAUCAAUUCAGAUGAUCAAUAUUCCAACAAUGAUCCAUAUGAAAUAUUUUUCAAUCAUUUCAUUCGUAAUGGUCAUAAAUAUACUGAUUUAUUUGUUGAAAUUUUAUUCAAUAUAAAUAUUUUAUUGAAAAAUAUUCUUUUUUGUUUUGAAAAAAUAUUCAAAUAUCUCGAUAAUGAUACGGGGAAAACUGAAGAAGAUAAAGAAAAAUUCAUAAAACAUUCUAUAAAUAAUGUUAAAAUUUUAAAUCUAUUCAAUCCUGAACAAAUUAUUCAAUUAGUUGAUAAAUUUUUCAGUAAUUUUAAUCAAAUAUCGAUUGAAAUGAUUAAAAUUUUCGUACCAUUUUUCACUAAAUACAUUAAUCUUUAUCAAGGUUUUCUUUGUAUGUCGAUUGGUUCAUUGAAAACAUCAUCAAAAUUAUUACAUAUUCUUAUGUCAUUAUCCAGUGAAUUAUUGGCUAAUGGAUUUUGUUUGCCAUCAUGUGAUGAUGAUAAUGGUAAUGAUGAACAACAACAACAGCAAAAAGAUCAACAAAAAAAUAUUGAUAAUGCUGGAUUUGGUGAUGGAAAUACGACAUCGGAUGCUAAAGAUGUUUCUGAUCGUCUUGAUUGUCAAGAUCAAUUGGAUGAUUUGGAAAAUAAUAAUGAUGAUGGUGGUGAUGGUGAAGAUCAACAAACUGAUUCGAAAAAUGAAGAUAAUGGUAUUGAAAUGGAUGAUGAUUUUGUUGGUAAUGAAUAUGGUGCUGAUGAAAAACAAAAUGAUGAAAAAUCGGAUGAAAAUGAUGAAAUCGAUGAUGAAAAUGAUGAAGAUCUUGAAGAGCAAAUGGGUCAAGUAGACGAUAAUGAACAAGUUUUAGAUGAAAAAUUAUGGGAUAACGAUGAUGAUGAUGAUAUUGAUGAAAAAGAUCAACAAAAAGAUGGUAAAGAAAAUGAAGAACAAAUGACCGGUGGAAAAGAAGAUUUUGAUACAAAUAAAGUUGCCAAUAGUGAUAAUGAUCAAUUAACAUCACAGAAUAAUAAUGAAGAAGAGGAUAGUCAACUACCUGAAGAUAAUGAUGAUGAUCAAGAUAAUCAAAUAAAUGAUGAUUAUCAAAAUAUAGAUGAUGAUGAUUCAAAACAGAAUCGAAAUGAUAAAGAAAAUAUCAAUGAAAUGAUAUUACCUGAUGAUGUACAAAUCGAUAUGGAUGAUGAUGGCGAUGGUGACCAAGAAAUGGAUAUAGAAAAUGAAAAUAUGGAAAUUUCUGAUCAAGAUGAUGAUCAAAACGAUGAUAAUGAUCAAAAUUUAGAAACUUUGAAUGAUGAAAAUGAAAAUGCCAUUGAAGAACCAUCAAACGAUGAUGGUGAUGAUAAUGAAAUGAAAAACAAAAACAAUCAAAUUGAAGAUGGUGAUGAUAAUGAUGAAAAUACAAUAACCGGAUCCAAUACGGAAAAUCAAAACAUUGAUUCUUCAAUUUAUCCAAAUUUUGAUCAUAAUGUACAAAAUAAUCAAGAUUGUUUAGAUUCAAUGGAACAAUCGGAUGAAAAAUCUUCAAAACAACAACAGCAGCAGCAAUGUUCUUCAUCACAGCUUAAUGAUGGAAAAUUAACAUCACAAAAUGAACAGCAACAACAAAUAAACGAUGAUGAAGAGAAAUUUUCAAUGCUAAAUAAAAAGAAAAAUCGAUCGCUUGUCGAUGAAAAUUUGGAUGAACAUUUGCAAACAAAACGACAAAAAAUCACAAAUGAUUCGAAAAAAGAAGAUGAUGAUGAUUCGAAAGAAGAAGAAGAAGCUAAUAGACAAGAACAAACAGAUCUAUUUCGUCAUGUUGAAAAUAAGAAAAAAGCUGAUAAUAUUGCUUAUGAUAUUGAUUAUGGACAACAACAAGAAGAAGAUGGCAGAAAAAAUCAAAAACCAUUAGAAAGAGAUGUAAAUCUAAAUGAUGAUGAUGAUGAUCAACAAAAUAAUAUGGAAUCAAAUGAAGAAAUUGUCAAAUUCAGUAAUAACAACAGUAAUAAUAAAAAUGAUUUGAACAAAACAAAUGAAGAAAUGAAUGAUGAUAAUGAAGAAAAAAUGAUUGAAGGAGAAUUUAUAAUGACUUCGAAUGUUGUCAAUUAUGAAGAAUCAUCAUUUCAUACCGGAACAUCAGCAAUCGAAGAUCAAAAUCAAAAAAUGGAAAUUGAAGAUGAACAUUCGCUGGUUCCAAUUGAUGAUACAACAACAACAUCAUCUUCAGAAAUAUUCGAUAAUGAAUUUUUAUUGGAAAGUGAAAAAAGAAUUGAACCAUUAUUAUAUGAACUUUGUAAUC